GCACCAGCAGCCGGCCUAUAUAUGCAUAGGGAAACCAGCACUUCCCUCGUCGCUCGAUCUCUCAGGCCGGCCCUCAUCAGCUCGAUCGUCUACAUCAUCAUCAGAGAGUGGAGAUAUGGAGCAGCGGCGCGGCGCGGCGGAGCUUGAGCUUCCGGGUUUCCGGUUCCACCCGACGGAGGAGGAGCUGCUGGAGUUCUACCUGAAGCAGGCGGCGGAGGGGAAGAAGCUCAAGUUCGACAUCAUCCCGAGGGUGCAGCUGUACCGGCACGAGCCCUGGGAGCUGCCGGGCCUGGCGCGCAUCGGCGAGCGCGAGUGGUACUUCUUCGUGCCGCGCGACCACCGCAAGCAGCAGCAGGCCCGCCCCAGCCGCACCACGGAGCGCGGCUUCUGGAAGGCCACGGGGUCGGACCGCGCCGUGCGCUGCUCCGCCGACCCCAAGCGCCUCAUCGGCCACAAGAAGACGCUCGUCUUCUACGAGGGCCGCGCGCCGCGGGGCACCAAGACCGACUGGGUCAUGAACGAGUACCGCCUCCCCGACGCCGCCGGAAAUCAGCAGCAGGAGGACAUUGUGCUGUGCAAGAUCUACCGCAAGGCGGUGUCGCUCAAGGAGCUGGAGCACCGGGUGGCCAUGGAGGAGCUCGCGCGCGCCUCCCCCGCGUGCACGCCGUCGGCCGACACCGCCGGCUCGCCCGCCGACUCCACCAUGUCCUCGUCGCCAUCGGACCACCACCCGCAGGGCGGCGGUGUACCCCAACACGGGGAUGAGAUCAUGAUGAAGAAGGAGGUUAUGAUGGCCGACGAGUCGACGGCGGUGCUGAGGCCGGCGACGCUGAGCCUGCCGCAGCUGGAGGUGGCGAAGCAGCAGCAGCAGCAGGAGUGGGUGAUGCAGGACCCCUUCCUGACGCAGCUGCGGAGCCCCUGGAUGGAGAGCUGGUCGCCAUACUUCGCCAGCAGCGUCCUCAACUUGUAAUAAUCAACCAUCGAUCAUCACAUAUAGCCGCCGCUGAUAGUCAUAUUCUACUUACACACACAGAGAUCUACUAGUAUACGUAGGUUUUACGUACAUACGCCGCGUGUACGGAGUCAGAGUGUAUUAGAUAGUAGCUACCAACAUUAUAUAUAUACAGUAUAUAUAUAGCUCAUGAGUAUGGUACCAUGUCUCUUCUAUAUACACAUAGCUAAAAAGACUAAAUGGAAGAGAAAAACUUUAGUA